AUGUCUUCUUCUUACCAAUACUCUCGGCUGGAAAGUCCGGAGCACGUACGUUUGAUUCAUGUCAGCCCUGGCACUAUGGGCACCACUAUAACCUGCGAAAUUCAUCGCGCCUGUUUACCCGAUUCUCCCGUUUACGAGGCAUUGUUAUAUAUUUGGGACCUCGACGAAAGGGCAGGACAGCCUGCUGAAUAUUAUUGCAUAUUAUGUGGCGAGUUCCAGACUCCCAUUCCCCCGAACCUGUUUUCAACCUUACAACAUCUCCGGAAAGAUGCUGAAGACCUUGUUCCCUGUGUUGAUGCCGUGUGCAUAAAUUAAGAGUAUACCAAGA